CUGGUUUUUAACAACGUGCCUUUGUCCUUUGCUUUCUUUUAGCCAGCCCAGCGAUAAAUGCCCAAAUCAUUCUCGAGUGCUCGAGUGGCUUUGUGUACUGCCUCGAUGGCAAGCUGGUCUGUGAGCCCAAUAAGAUUCUCUGCAUAGAUGGUAGGUUGGUUUGCGCCAGCGAAUCUACGAAACAUCGCUGUUCAUUGGACUUGAUAAGCUCAACUUCGACAGAGCCGCCGCAUCACACGCAUCAACCAUCAAGUAGUGAUGUUGGGUCGAACUGGACAUUAUCCAAGACCGCAGAAACAGAAUUCCCAACAUUAGAGUCUUCAGAACCUACACCUUCCGAGGGUGGAGACAAAACGUCAAGUAGCGAUGUUUUUUCGGACUGGCCGUCAUCCAAGACCCCAGAAACAGAAUUCCCAACAUUAGAGUCUUCAGAACCUACACCUUCCGAGGGUGGAGACAAAACGUCAAGUAGCGAUGUUUUUUCGGACUGGCCGUCAUCCAAGACCCCAGAAACAGAAUUCCCAACAUUAGAGUCUUCAGAACCUACACCUUCCGAGGGUGGAGACAAAACGUCAAGUAGCGAUGUUUUUUCGGACUGGCCGUCAUCCAAGACCCCAGAAACAGAAUUCCCAACAUUAGAGUCUUCAGAACCUACACCUUCCGACGGUGGAGUCAAAACGUCAAGUAGCGAUGUUUUUCCGGACUGGCCGUCAUCCAAGACCCCAGAAACAGAAUUCCCAACAUUACAGUCUUCAGAACCUACACCUUCCGAGGGUGGAGACAAAACGUCAAGUAGCGAUGUUUUUUCGGACUGGCCGUCAUCCAAGACCCCAGAAACAGAAUUCCCAACAUUAGAGUCUUCAGAACCUACACCUUCCGAGGGUGGGGACAAAACGUCAAGUAGCGAUGUUUUUUCGGACUGGCCGUCAUCCAAGACCCCAGAAACAGAAUUCCCAACAUUAGAGUCUUCAGAACCUACACCUUCCGAGGGUGUAGUGAAAACAUCAAGUAGCGAUGUUUUGUCGGACUGGCCAUCAUCCAAGACUCCAGAAACAGAAUUUCCAACAUUAGAGUCUUCAGAACCUACACCUUCCGAGGGUGGAGACAAAACGUCAAGUAGCGAUGUUUUUUCGGACUGGCCGUCAUCCAAGACCCCAGAAACAGAAUUCCCAACAUUAGAGUCUUCAGAACCUACACCUUCCGAGGGUGGAGACAAAACGUCAAGUAGCGAUGUUUUUUCGGACUGGCCGUCAUCCAAGACCCCAGAAACAGAAUUCCCAACAUUAGAGUCUUCAGAACCUACACCUUCCGAGGGUGGAGACAAAACGUCAAGUAGCGAUGUUUUUUCGGACUGGCCGUCAUCCAAGACCCCAGAAACAGAAUUCCCAACAUUAGAGUCUUCAGAACCUACACCUUCCGAGGGUGGAGACAAAACGUCAAGUAGCGAUGUUUUUUCGGACUGGCCGUCAUCCAAGACCCCAGAAACAGAAUUCCCAACAUUAGAGUCUUCAGAACCUACGCCUCCCAAAGGUGGAGUCGAAACAUCAUCUAGUGGUGAUUCACAAGGCGGGACAUCAUCUCAGACCGGCGAAAGUCAAGGCUUCCAGUCGGGAAGUUCGACAACCGAGCCUGGUACACCUGGAAGUUCGUCAUCUGAAGCCUACCCAACGAGAUCGUCCCUGAAACCGGUUACCGAGAAUCGUUUGCCUUGGGUGGAAGAAAUCCAUCUUCAAAUGCAAACGAGAUUUCUGAGGCUGUUUGCGACGGCCUUUGCUUCACGGGGUGUCAAGUUACGAAAUCUGAGAUUCUCGUACGCCGACAACUAUCAUCCAGGUGUCAGAGUCCAUGCAAAGACUGUACGCGGAAUCUUCUCCGGCGGUCGGCCCGAGCUGUCCGUGGCUGAGGCGAAAUUCACGCAGAAUGCUUUGGACUACAUCCUUCAGCUGCCCAUCCUAGUCUUGGUCCCCGGCGAGGUGACUGCGAAGCUCCAGUUUAAGUACACGAACCGCCAUAUCACUGGCCGGAUGCCUGUCAGGAUAAAGCUUGGCUACGUGAGAUUCCUGGCCACCAUCGCGGUUAAGAAGGCAACAGGCAUGGGCUCCUGGGUUGGUCUCAAGGCCACGAAGAUCUUCAUCCAGAAAUACGAUGUGACACCGGGCGCCGACUACUGGGUCCUGAAGAAGAUGGGCCGACGGGAGGUCAACCAGGUGGUCAAAGAGAUGAUGAAGACCAAGUUUCUGGAGGAUUCCCUGACGUUCUAUCUCACCAAGCUAUGGAGGCGCAUGGCCUUCCCGGUUUCCAAUGUCCGGGGAUAGACGAGGGGAAAAGUGCGGGAUGUUUACAAAUAAAGAGUUUACUAAGAGAAUACAGGACUCUCCCCUCACUUGCAUCAGACAGAACGACGGCAGCGCCAUAAACCAACCCUGGUGGAGUGGUUUAUUUGGCGACUCCUCUCUCUUCCACCCGCCUCCGUUUGCGUCAGAGCACGUGUUGGCGAUGCCUUGGAAUGCAAUGCGGUUGACGGUGCCGCUGCCACCGUCACCUGUUUCCUCAGAUCUUCGUUGUCGUCUUCGAUGUAUUCUCGGGGAGUGUCCUGUAUUCCCCUAGUGAAUGAAGCAAGAAUACAUG